GGUACCUCCCGACGGGAAGGGAGGCGACGCAACGGUUCCAGCAAGGUACCGGUCAACAACUUAGAGUCAGUUUCUGUAAGGUAUCGACGGAAAUCAGACGUGCCGGUUAAAAAAACCGGUGUAUAAAUUUCACUGUUAUCCUGUUAAAGGACAAUUCGUAUAGUCAAGGUUCUUCAGUGAACGGUACCAAAGCCGCGCGCCGCACCAAACAUUUUCCGCAGGAUUAACGAGUGUAUUUACAGUGUCUUUUGCUGUUGAGAAAUGAUACUGCGGUGAUCAAUCAGUGCAACCAAGAGGAUUUAACUAGCAUACAUUUUAUCACUAAGUGAACUGUUGUUACAAAUAUGCCGAAAAUCUUCUUGAUCAAGAAUCGACUGCUGGAGCAGCAGUUGAAGUUACAAGAAUCGCAGAAAUUAGGCGGUAGUGAAUCGGACAACCCUCUAGAACCCGAUAGUGAUUUUCCUUCAUUGGCACCGCUCUCCAUCUCUGGCCAUAAUCUUGAUGGACAAAGUGAUUUACUCAAGCCGGUUACUGUUGAAAAGAAGCCUGGAAAAACUCCGGAAAAACCAGCCACCUCACCCACCGGAACAAAACCUCCAAGACGAUUUGUCUCUUCGUUUAAAGGAUUUGAUUUCAGUGGCAGAAAUCCGAAAAAAGAUGAGCCUGUUGAUGAGAAGGCCGAAAACCCCAUCCCUACACCCGAAAAGGUGGUUUUACCAGUUUACUCAAAGCCCAAAGACAAUGUCGUGCGAGCUCCAGAGCUUGUACCAUAUGUCUCUGUCAUCAAGAGAGCACCUAAUGCGGCUAGUAAAACGAACGACCGAAUAGAUCCUUCUCUGAUGCCAGAUCGGAUUGUGCACCAAGAGCCGGAACAAGAGGAGCCUAUAGACUAUCAUAUACCAAAAAGGGAAGAAGGCCAAACCGAAGAAAGCGAUGGAAGGAACCUGAGAAGACCUGGAGCAGUGAAAAUUUUCCCAACUCUUGGUACUUACAAGUACACGAAAAUGAGCAAAUACGCUCACACCGUAGCUGCAGCAGGACACAGUCGAAGCAAUAACCCUCCUAAUACUAGCGCAAGCUCAAAUGGAAGUACUGGAGGUUCUGGGGGCGGUGGCUCCAUUAGUUUUAGUGGUGGAGGCGGAGGAGGCUGCAGUGGCGGCAGCAUGGGGGGCGCCACUGGGGGUGGAGGUGGCGGAAUGAAUCCUGGGAGAGAUGGCCGUCAAAAUUAUGGUCCUAAUAGUCCUCCCACAGGUUCAUUGCCGCCUUUUUAUGAGUCGCUGAAAGGGGGCAACAAUAACAAUGGAUUCAAUCCCAACAGUCCUUUUUCCUCUUCGUACAUGCACUCAGGCCAACAAAAUAUGGAUUGCGAAAUAGGACAGGAUCAAAUGGCUAACAUGACGAACGGUCAAUCCUCACCUAAACAAUACUCGACCCUCCAAAAUGCUGCUUAUGGGAUCAUGAUGAAGGACGAAGCUGACAUGGAUUUGUACGAAAACAACCAUUUGAUGCCAACUCCGUUCAGUGGAUACGAUGAAGGCAUGAUGGUCGAUAUGGUAACCGGAGCAGUAGUUGAUCCACUUCAAUUCUCGGGAGCUCUGAACUUUCCAUCUGCUGCCGAACACGCGCUACUAGAAAGUCUUUCCGAUGAGACUGACUUAUCUUCAUUUCUACAAAGACUACCGAAUGAAGACCAAUCGGAAAAUGAUGACAUUGCUACCAGUAAUGUGCAAAACAGCGGAAGUUCUCAAUCUACUCAACUGCAGGUUGAUCAAAACAUGGAAAAUUUCAAUGAUCAGCUGCUAGCAAGGAGUCAUUACGAGCCAAGCCGACCCAGCUAUAAUAGCUCUCAGUUCUCCAAAAUCUACCAGGACUCUUUACCUCCUUACUCUUCCUCGUUAAGCUCGCAAUCUGACAAUUUGCAACAACAAUUGCAACAGCAGCAAAUCCUCUCGCCGUCUCUAAGUUUCAAUGGCAGUGGACUGGACUUGGACUCAACCUCAGGAAUGUCUUUGCCUAGUCCAGGCGCAGCAUCCUGCUCUUUAGAUGGUGAUGGUACAAUGAGUCCAUCAGCUGGAAGUGUGAGUUCGGGAAGGAGGGAAAAUACAUCUCCGGGCGAAGUGGCGAAUAGCGCCCCGUCCCUGCAGGGCAGGGUAAAUUUUUUGCGCCAGAGGCUGGGUCUUCCCAAUGAUUUGCACAUUGAAUUUGUCAAUGGAGGUCAUGGCAUCAAAAACCCAUUGGCUACACAGGAAUUAUCACGACAAGGUCCAAGGAGUGAGGAUAAAGCCAAAGUCGCCUCAGUUACGACUCCAGAUGGUCAAACAAAUUUUUGUUGUAAGGUACGCACUUGCAAAAUCUGCAAUAAGACGUUCGCCCUUCAGCGACUCCUCAAUAGACACAUGAAAUGCCACUCGGAUGUUAAACGGUAUCUCUGCUCAUUUUGUGGCAAAGGAUUCAACGACACGUUCGAUCUCAAAAGGCACACUAGAACACAUACAGGAGUCCGCCCAUACAAAUGCGCUCUAUGUGAAAAGUCGUUUACACAGAGAUGCUCAUUGGAAUCACACUGUUUAAAAGUCCAUGGAGUUCAGCAUGCGUAUGCUUAUAAAGAGCGUCGAACAAAGAUGUACGUUUGUGAAGAAUGUGGUCACACAACUUCCGAACCAGAAGUUCAUUAUGUGCAUCUAAAAGAUCAGCAUCCCUAUAGUCCAGCUCUGCUCAAAUUCUACGAUAAAAGGCAUUUUAAAUUUACAAAUUCCAAUUUUGCUAACAUGCUACUCCAGGUUCGAACAUAACAUUUUAAUUAGUUGUUAGCUAGUUUUCCUAACACUAGACAGUGAGUCAGUACCUAUAUAUAGGUAUAUACAUAUAUAUACAGUAGAGUAAUAUUUGUAUCUAAUUAUUAUAAAAUUUCCUAAUAUUUUAGUGAAGUUGAAAUAUGUGUGUCAAUGAUGAUGUGAUAAUGUCUGGUGACCAUUUAAACACACUAUGAUGUAAGUUGUAGACUUGAACUAAUUGUUGGGAGUGUAGUUAAGGGAUUAAUGUUGGAGUGAAUUUACACAUCAUUUUCAUAUUCCUUAUAGCUAGAAAAUGGGGCCCCAAUUAUGCCAGGACAAUAUCCAAGACCGUUCUUUCCAGACGGGCCUUUUGAACAUUUUCCAUGGGCAUAGAAGAGUGCUAAAACCAAUAUCAACCUCAUCCUGAUUACAUAAGUUAAUUUAAAUCAGGAAAACCUCAAAUAAUUUCAUACUAAUUUCCGCGUAUUCAAUACCGCAGUUUUAUGACAACCACCAGAUAAAUUGUUGUCGCUUCCGUUACCACAAAAAUUACAGGGUGACAAAUACACACAAUAUUACAAAAUUACAUGAAGAUUGCCGUUAUUCCUCUUAAGGAUUCUCUGGGGCAUAUUUGGGCAACAAAACAUAAAUGGCAUAAAUAGUUUUGCAUUCGAGAUUUGUUGUUUGCAAACAUUUGGUUUAAGUCACUUUUUGUUUGUACUUCUCAUAUUGCCCCAAUAGUCAAGACUCCCAUAAAAAGCUUUAAAACUCCAUCUAAGGACUAUACUCACAAUUGUUUGUUAUGAUUGAUAUAAGCAGAAAUAUUUAUUUAAUUCAGGAAUUUAAGAUUGAGAGAAUUGUUUUCGGUCAAUAGAUGGAUACUUGGUGCAAUAAUCAGUCAAUUAACAGUAUUUUUUGUCGAUCUCUACAUGUAAUUUGCAAAAUAACGCAAUAACAUUAUUUAUGUUAUUUAUGCACUACAUUCACAUUAAUUUUCAGAAAUAUACAUUUUUCAGAGCAACAAUUUGUCUGGCUGCGGUAGGUCUAAACUGUAAUAUGCAAAUUAUUCAAAAUCUUGCAACACAUUUACACUUACGUUUACAUACACAAAACAUUCACACAUUUACAGUGGAAAUGAACUAGUACACAUAGAAAAAUGUAUGACAGCAUGUUUAAUUAUUUUAUUCAUACAUAUUUUCGAGUGUGUGAUUAGUCUUCAAAACUAGUUGGAAACGUUUUUUUUUUCAUGGGAAAACUAAAUUAUAUGGUUGUGAAAAUCUAGAUCAUCGUAUAUCCGUGAAUAUGGAAAAAAAUCAUUGUGUAUAUCAUAUCUUAUGUACAUUGACUGCUAAUUGUUGCUCUUUUUUCACAUACAACGACAUUCCAUAUUAUUUUUAUAGUUUUUGCACACUAAGUUGCAAGCGACUGGCUAAUUAAUCUAAUAUUGUAGUCAUUAAUAUCCGCCCAGUUGAAGAAAAUAUUUAAAUAUUUUUACAAUUUUUACUUGUUUCUUCUAGUUGGAGGGUUAAUUAUCUAAUUUAAUUCUUCUGUGAUAAUUUAAUUACUUUUAAUUCCCUCGAGUAGUUUUUUUAGUAGUAGUUAGUUUUAAGAAAUGGUGACCUAGAAAAGAAGAAUUCCGCACCAGAUUUUUACAUUGCGAUUGGUUGGCGGUAAGGGCCGCUUAGUUAAAUAUACCAUUGCGAGACAUUCUUUACGGUCACCAAUUUAUAGAUAAUUCAUAAGUUAAGCAAACGAAACAGUGACAAGCAAAAACUAUUUUUGAUUUGACUACUUAAUACCGAAAUGCUUGAAAUAGGUGAGCGUUAGCAAAACCGGAAAAAUUGGUGGAAUUUUUAUGAUUUAUUCAUGGGCAAAUUCGAUUUUCGGGAAAUUAAGCAAAAUUGAAGAAAGAACUAUUGAGAAGACAAAAUCAAUUAAUUUUUGCUUGUCUUUGAAAAUAUAAUUAAUAUUUACAUCAUAAUUGACUGGGAAAGCAUAAAAUGGAUAAAUGCUAGCUAAGUCAAUAAAUACAUUCGGGUUAUUUGUGCAAUCAUGGUGAUCGGAACUAGGUAAUAAACUUAGAAAUAGUUUACUUAAUACAUAAUUACCUAACGGUCCUGAAUAUCACACUUACUCAUCAUGGAACAAAUUUCAAGCUAUUUAUUUUUCAUACUUACCUUGAAGUGCGUUCAAUAUCUACUUCUUCUCUCUCUCCUCUUCGAUCUAGUCAAUAGAUUGUUACGUUAUGGGGUGUAUUAAAGUUUUACGAAGCCCAGGACGCAAUAAUGUAUUUUUUUUAUUCGAGUUUGCGGGGUUCUGUCAAUGUUGCGGCCCAGGGGUACAGCCCCUGCAAGCCCCUCUUUUAAUCGCCCCUGUGUAGUCCAAUGGUUCGCAAUCAGAUUCAAUUGAGUUCUGCUACGCUGAUAAAUUUUUUAUUUUAUACUGAAUUGUUUUUAUUAUAUUAUUUUCCUUCCUGUUUUGAAAUAAUAUAAUUUAUAAAGCGUUAAAACAUUCAUUACUUCUUGAGGAGAAAAAGUUCUUUUUUUGGGAGAGCAAAACAUUAGAUCAAAGAAUCUCUGUCUUGCUGUCUUGAAACCUCAAAUUUGAGACCUUCGAAUUAUUGUCUAAACAAACAAAACAACUUUUUUCCUCAAGAACUAAUGAAUGUUUUAACGAUUUAUAAAUUACACUUUUUGUACAACAGAUUUUAAUUGUAAAUUGGUGUUUGUAGUUUGCAUGAAUUUUAAAUCUGAUGGCGCUGUGGUCUCGCCGAAACGUUAUGAAAUUAACGUUAUAAAAAAAAAUAUUUCACACUUUGACUGAAACCCAGGAAGGAAAAGAAUAUAAUAACAAUUACACGCAGUCAGGAAAAUAAAUCGAAAUGUUCUUAUACAUUGGAAUACAAAUAAAGUGUAUGGAAACAAAGUGGAGCAUCAAAUGAAAAAUUGAGCAGACAUUUUUAAAGAUCCAAUAUUUCAAAAUCGAUUUGACUUAAACCAAAGACACAUGUUUUGCUGAGAAAUGUUGGAGAACGAGUUAUUGCAAUCCAAAAGACGAUAUUUUAAUGGCCAAAAAAGAUUUAAUGUUUUCAAAGGCUCUAGCUCUGGGAAAUUUGAAUUCCGCGAUCUGAAACACUUUCAAGCACAUUUUUUCCGUAAUUGCAAAACUGGUUAAAAAUAUAUUUAAAAUGUUUUUCUUUACAAUCUGACACCCUGUACCUCGCAAACUAUUACCACCUAUUACUGUUCGCAUAAGAGAGAUUUGCCUAAAACGCAAUAUUUUUGCCUAGACAAUCUGGCGAUGAACUUUGUCAAAUUAGUUGGAGACCACCCUGCAUAAUCGAAACACGUUUUUCUAUCAGAUGCAUCACAAACAUAGUACAUUGUCUUCAUUUGCGUUUGCCUUUAUCUAGGGAAUGUCAACCAAUUCUAAGGAACUGACUCUAUUUUAAGACUCUAUAUUAAGUUGAGUCGUGUAAGAGUCGCGACUGAGCUGCUCUUUACCAAAAAACGUUACACGUUCGACCGCCGAAAUUGCCUUAUCCGUAAAGAAACAAAAGUAAGUGACGAUUCAAUUAAUUUCGUUGCAGUUUAUAAUUUUUUUGGUUUAAUUAAAUUAAUGGAUCGUCGUUAGUGCGGCUUCCGUGCGACUUUUCCCCUAAUCCACAGUUUUAUCAUUCAAAUAUAUUAUUCACGUCAUUUACGGAAAUAAUGAAAAUGUUUCUCAAAUAUUUACUCUGAUUACUACUAGAUUGAAUGUUGAAUUUCCUAAUGCAUAGGCAGUCAAAUUACACAUGCAAAUAAAUAUUUGGUAAUAAUUCUAUUUGCAGAAUUUUCUGCUCGGUUACUGCACUGUUUUAACACUUCUCUUCUUCUCCGUCAAGUUUAAUCAAGUUUGUUUUUUCAUUUUCCAAUUAGUCGAUAGUUAGGUAUGGUUUUUCAAAGUUAUGUUGUAAAUACGAACAUUUUAUGCGCGUGCACAAAGAAAUGUGUGUUUUAAGGAAUCUCAUAGAUUACCGAUAUUCCAUUUUAAUUUGUUUAAGUACAUUUUCUACCUUAAUUCAUUGAAUUGACAUUAUUAAUUGCAUUUUUAUAAAACGCUAAACCAGUUAUGUACCUACAUGAGCUUAUCGAGCGCGUUUGCUAGUGAGCCUGUGUGAUGUUGACUAUGUCCUAAAUAAAUUUAAUCUGUUUGUUCAGUAUUUUUAAGAAUAAGAAUAAUUAGUUCUUAAUUAAUAUUAGUGUUUUGGUUAAGAAGUAACCGGAAUCAUAAUCAGAUUUCUGGUGCUAGUUUUUUAACAGUAAUGAAGUUGAUAUUUAAAUUUAUAAAGUCGGUAUUUAUAUAACUGAUAUUAACGAAUGUAAGUGUAUUUAAGCAUCAGACCAAUAUAGCUGUAUGUUGCUUAUGUUGUUAUGCAAGAAUAUUUUAUAUAAUUAA